CCAAGUGAAAGCCCGUUCGCCCGGUCGCGUAGUGUCCUAUUUCUCUCCGCCACGUGCAAACAUCUUCCUGUCUCUCUUCCCCCACUCUCCACCGCUCGUUAUCUUCCAUCAAGAUACGACGCUUGUUCUUCCCUGGAGAUAUACGCCACCUCAGCUCUACACAAGAGCUUCGGCUUCAUGUCUACUCAGCCUGCCAGCCUGCUUUCCGAUAUUCAUCCGCGCUCAGUAGCUGUUGAUCUAGACGGAUAUUCCCUCCCGCGUGUAACCAGGACCAUGGACACGAGCACGGGCACAAAUGCCGAUGCGGAGAACCCCGUAUCGACACUUUCAACGGAUGUUGGUGUUGAUGGCGAUGGUGACGGUGACGGUGGGCGCGAAGUCACACCUCAUCCACCCAGCGCGCAAACAGAGCAAAAUCCAAUCAGUACCCAAGCGGAACCACAUCAACCCAGCACCCAGGAGGAGCAGCAUCAACCGCCUUUGGAGCCAACUUCACCGAUCAAAGUGGAAGAGCCGGAACCAAUAUUCGCCCAGCGAGUCCAGCCAAAACCCGUGCACUCCGACAAUGACGUUCAGAGUGAGUCUGGUAUCCAGCAGCAGCAGCAGCAGCAGGAGAAGCAGCAGUCAGAGCCAAUAUUUCGACCCGGACAUCACCGUCAACCUCCUGCCACACACACCGGAUAUACUCAGUCUUUCGCAUCUUCCUCGCUUGGUACUCCUCUCGGGCAAAUGCGUGCUGCCUCGACUUUACCGAUUCGGCAGAUGGCAUCACGCCAACAAUAUCUGCAAUUUUUGCAGCAUCAGCAGCAAUUAUUGAAUGCCUACAUGGACCGAGGGACAAACGAGGGUAAUAUCGCCGCGACUAGCAAUCGCAGUGCAGCUGGACAAGCUAACAUGUUCACUGCAAUGAACCGCGGUUACAAUCCUUAUGUGUACCCAAGUACGCCAACUCUCAUGGGACAGAAUCAUAUGAUGGCACCUAGACAUCCAACAUAUCCUACCCGUGGCCAAUUCUCAGCACCUGCACCUGCUCAUGCGAUUUCUGAUUUACCUGAAAACGGUUCAGAGGUCAAGAAGAGAAAGCGAUACACAGUGAUAGAGUCAGACGAAGAAUACGAGAAAUCAUCCACGGAUGAUGAUUCAGGAUCUGAAGACACACCAAUAAGUUCGAAAGCUUCCGGUCCGGAGGAGCGCCCGACAUCCUCUGACCAACAAAACGCAUCAAAUGAAACGGAGGGCUUUGAGGCUGUUCAAGGGUCUGUCAGUGAGGGUAGCGAUGGAGAAACAUCAGGCGAGACACCAGUAAAAAAGAAAGCUCCAUCUCAAGAUGGCUUAGGGGGGAAUGAUUCAUAUGAAGGUCUGCUGAAGACUCCUGUCCGGCCGGUUCAGAAACUUCAAAUCGAGAACGAGGAUGGCAACGAAACAAUGCUUGAGGAUGAAAUUGGGGAUUCAGACGAUUCAGACGAUUCAGACGAUGAGCCUCUCUGGAAGCGUAGGCAGAACCGUCUCGCUGGAAAACCACCCGCCGAAGACGACUCCAUUGAGGACCAGCCCGAAGACUUGGCCGACGGGCAUCAGCCUUGCGUCGACAUAGAUUGGAAAAUUGCUGCAUACGAAGUCAUCGAGCUACCCGUGGCCAAGAACGAUCCCCGUGAGAUCGCGGUUUCCAUCCCAGGUUGUAUCCGUGAGAAGCUGAUCCUUUCUCAAGACUUUGCUUCUCAAGAGCUGCUUCUCUUCAGAGAGGUUUUCUUACCCAAUCAGAAAGCUCUAGAAGUGCCAGAUGCCUAUCCUGCAACUGCCAUACUCAACUUCCACAACAUCUGCAAUAUGGUGCUUGAUUCAUAUUAUAACCACCAAAUGGGCGACGUAUCUGGAUUUGAUCUGGCUUCGGACCCUCAGCAAGAUGCGGACGAGAUAGAUGAGGGUGAGGUCUUCUUUGAAUCUGCGGCCCGCUGGCGUACGGGUCUUGCAAAGGAAGGACCAAACCUCCGGAACCAGGAAGUCCUCAAACCAGCAUAUACGCACAUCCGAGGACCUCAGGAAUUUAGCGAAAUCGCGCUUGACAUCAUUUACUACAUCAAAGAGCAUGGCGCGCUGCCACCAGAAUCAGAAGAGUCGGAGAGGCCGAAAAAGAGAGCCAAACCAGCAAAGGCAGGAGACCAGCCUCGAUCACGCAGCGAACUUGGCAAGACAGAAAUCAAGCAAGCAUCACGAGCUACCACUGAGCAAAAACCCGCCAAAUCGACUCCCCGUGUCGUCAAAAAGGCCGUUGAUGGAACGAAAUCGAAUCCGCGCCAGCUUCCCACACGCAAGAAAGCUAAGACCAGUCCGAAGAGCAAAUAUGGAAGCAUAAGUGUGAGGAAAUAG